CUUCAUAAACCCUUCUCUGCAUGUGAAUUGUGAACUCAAAAAAAGAAAAAGUAAAAACCCAUUGCAAACCUCUCUCUCUCUCUUUCUCUGUGACUCUGUGUGUCUCUGUGUCUCUGUGUUUUGAUCUCAAAUUUUGCCACCAACACCAUGGCGGCUGUCCCAGUAUCGCGAACUGAUCCACCAACAAUGAUGCCACUGCAACCGGCGCCGCCUAUGCUGGUCUCCGAUUCAUUCGCCAAGGAUGCCAUUCUCGCCUGGUUCCAAAGCGAGUUUGCUGCAUCCAACGCCAUCAUCGACGCCCUCUGCGGCCACCUCGGUCACAUCUCCACCACAUCCUCCGACUACGACUCCGUCUUCGUCGCCAUUCACCGCCGGCGGCUCAACUGGAUCCCCGUUAUCCAGAUGCAGAAGUAUCACUCCAUAGCCGACGUGACUCUCGAGCUACGCAAGGUUGCAGAGAAGAAAACGGAGCCCGAAGGUGCGAGGAAAAGUGAGAGUGUCGAGAGUAGUCUCGAUGAGAAAGCGGAAAUGAAUAAGGAAGUGGUGGAAAGGGUCGGAAAUGGCGGUGACGGAGCUGAGGCGGAGCCGCCGGAGGAGUAUGAUUCGCCGGACAGUGAGAUUACUGAUUCAGCAGGAUCUCAAGAAAUGCACCCUACUUUGAUGAACAUUAUUAAUAUAUGUUCCAAUCAUGAAGAAUGUGAAGGACGUUCUUCACAGAUAAAGUUGACAAAAGGUUUCGCAGCAAAGGAAUCAGUGAAGGGGCAUAUGGUGAAUGUUGUGAAAGGAUUGAAGUUAUAUGAGGACAUUUUCUCUGAAUCAGAAAUCUUCAAGCUGACUGAUUUUGUGAAUGAGAUCCAUGCUGCUGGCCAGAAUGGGGAACUCUCAAGUGGAACUUUUAUACUGUUCAACAAACAGAUGAAGGGGAACAAGAGAGAGCUGAUUCAGCUGGGUGUUCCAAUAUUUGGACAGAUAAAGGACGAUGACAAUAGUAAGAAGAAAUGCAAUAUAGAGCCUAUUCCAGCACUUCUCCACAGUGUCAUUGAUCACCUUAUUCAAUGGAAAUUAAUUCCAGAGUACAAAAAGCCAAAUGGUUGUAUCAUCAACUUUUUUGAAGAGGGGGAAUUUUCUCAACCAUUCCUGAAACCACCGCAUUUGGAUCAACCUCUAUCCACCCUUGUUCUCUCUGAAUCAACUAUGGCUUUUGGGCGUAUCCUUAUGAGUGAAAAUGAUGGGAACUACAAGGGGCCACUUAUGCUCUCAUUGAAGAAGGGGUCUCUUUUAGUGAUGAGAGGAAACAGUGCUGACAUGGCAAGGCACGUAAUGUGUCCAUCCCCUAACAGAAGGGUGAGCAUCACCUUCUUUAUAGUGAGGCCAGAAUCCAACCAAUGCCAAUCGCCAACUCCUGCCAUGACAUCUGCAAUGACUCUUUGGCAACCUGGUAUUGCUAGCCCGUUUGCUUUGCCAAAUGGAGCUCUAAGUGGCUAUGAGGCUAUGGAUAUGAUGCCUAAAUGGGGGAUAUUUCGUGCUCCAAUGGUCAUGCUAACCCCUAUGCGCCCUAUGGCACUGAACCCCGGCAAACUUCCUCGAGUUGGGACUGGAGUUUUCUUGCCUUGGAAGGGGCCAUCUAGAAAACCUGCAAGGCAUCUUCCCCCGCGUGCCCAAAAAGGAAGGCUUAUGGCAUUACCUUCCCCAGUUGAAUCACAAAUGGGAGAGUCCACUUCUGAACCAAGCAUUACUGUUGAAGGAUAGGUACGAUCAGUCCCGAAGCAGCCUUGGGUUUAAAGAAAUGUGAAUGAAGCAAUGAGGUUUUCAAGCCUCAGUUAUUUGCUCUGGACUGGAGUAUUUUAUUUUGUUGUACAAACGGGCCCAAGUGCUGCUAGAAGUGUUUGUUUCAUUCUUUUUUUUUUCACCUUUUCCCUUUUACUUUCUUUUAGAUAGAUAACUCUGAUCCCAUAUUUUGUCUUUUAGAUAGAUAACUUAGAAUCUAGUGUUCACAAUAGCUUAGUGUGGGUUCCAAUCAGCUUAAGGACCUUGGAGAAGUCUAGAUUCCGAGUUUGAAGAAUGUGAAUUAUAUCGGAGGGCAGAAUUUUGUAAGAAUGGUCAUUUAUAUUUUCAUUUUAGACAAAUCAAAUCAUCAUGAGGAUGCAUGGGUAUGAUCAUCAUCCACUUAAU